GCGGAACCAAGCAUCGCUCCCCAGCGGGUCAUCACCCUCCCUACCUCCAACCCCCCUCCAGCCCGUCCCUGGGAGUUGAGUCGCCAGCCCCGCCCCGAGCAAGGUUUCGAUUCUCGCAGCAACCCCAUCCGGCUACACUGCAAGAGAGGGCCGCGGUUGCCACUGCAAAUGGAGAGCGGGGCAGCCGGCGCGCCGGUGCCGGUCCAGCCCAACGGGGCUUGCGGCUGGCGCUGCCCUGAGCACAGCGAACGCCUGGCUGAGCUCUUCUGUCACCGCUGCGGCCGUUGCGUGUGCACGCUGUGCCCGGUGCUGGGUGCCCACCGCGGCCACCCGGUGGGCCUGGCCCAGGAGGAGGCUGCGCGCGUGCAGAAACUCAUCCAGGACUGUGUAGAGUGUUUGGCAACCAAGAAGCAGCAGCAUGCUGACAGCAUAGCCCACUUAGAAGACGCUGGGGAAAGGCUCAAGGCUUAUGCAGACUCAAGUAAAGAUUGGCUGACACAGAAGUUCACAGAACUCAGAUUACUCCUUGAUGAAGAGGAAGUACUGGCCAAAAAAUUCAUCGAUAAGAACACACAGCUCACCCUCCAGGUGUACAGGGAGCAAGCAGAGUCUUGCAGGAAGCAAAUUGAGGCCAUGGAUGAUUUCUCUACCAGGGUGUGGGUCAUCAGCCUGGAGCCCAACCCAGUCCAGCUGCUGCAGGCAUAUAUAGCCACUAAGUCAGAGAUGGGACAGCAGAUGAGGCCCUCGGAGCUGAGCCACCCGGUGCCCCUGUCCUUCGAGCCCGUCAAGAACUUCUUUAAGGAGUUUAUGGGAGCCAUCCAGGACACUUUACAGACACCAAUGGACACUCGCCUGAAGGAAAACAUAAACUGCCAGCUUUCGGGCUCCUCCAGCACCAAGCCGGGCGCCUUGUGGAAAACCAGCUCUUCACCAGAGAGAUCACUCUUCUUGAAAUACGCCCGCACGCCUACGCUGGACCCGGACACGAUGCACAGCCGCCUGCGUCUGUCGACGGACGGACUGACCGUCCGCUGCGCGCUGCUGGGCCGCCUGGGGCCGCGCCCCGCGCCACAAUUCGACGCCCUGCGUCAGGUGCUGGGCCGCGACGGCUUCGCAGCCGGACGCCACUACUGGGAGGUGGACGUGCAGGAGGCGGGCGUGGGCUGGUGGGUGGGCGCCGCCUACCCGUCGCUGCGGCGCCACGGGGCCACCGCCGCCUCCCGCCUGGGCUGCAACCGCGAGUCGUGGUGCGUGAAGCGCUACGACCUGGAGUACUGGGCCUUCCACGACUGCCAGCGAAGCCGCCUGCGGCCCCGCCGCGACCCCCACCGGCUCGGCGUCUUCCUGGACUACGAAGCCGGCGUUCUGGCCUUCUACGACGUGGCGGGCGGCAUGAGCCAUUUGCACACCUUCCACGCAGCCUUCCAGGAGCCGCUCUACCCGGCCCUGCGCCUCUGGGAGGGGGCCAUCAGCAUCCCCCGGUUGCCCUAGGCGAGCAUGCUUCCUUUCCCAGGCUAGUCCACAGGCUCCGUUCAGGCAACCCCACGCUGCCUGUGUCUGGGACACCAUCAUGCAGCGCCUAGAGCCUCCCGGCACACAGUAGGUACACAGUAAAUUUCAGUGAAAGUUUCCUAACAGAGGCACUUCAUCUCCUUAAAGGUCCCCAUUUGAGCCAACUGCUCUCCAGCCACUUAAGAUUGAUUGUCCGGGUCACCUCAAUCCAGAGCACUUGAAAGGGUUUCUCGUCCCCUGCCCUGCAUCCUCUCCCAUCUUCAUCUUCUACACUAAAACCAGGGUGAGCAACCUGAAACUUAGCUCGGUCUCUUGAGAGGUACAAGAACAAAACAGGAAAGCCUUUCUCCUUAGCCUUCCCAGCCUGCUCUUUGGCGGCCUACCCUGGCAGUCUUUUCAAACACGCUUCAGUCAGAAGCUAGUUCACAGCUUUGCACCUUUUUUAUUUUUUAUAUAUAUAUUUUAAUUUUUCCCCGAGACAGGAUUUCUCUGUGUGUAGCUUUGAAGCCUGUCCUGGAGCUCGCUCUUGAAAACCAGGCUGGCCUCGAACUCACAGAGCUCCGCCUGGCUCUGCCUCCCGAGUGCUGGGAUUAAAGGCGUGCGCCGCCGCCAGCCAGGCCAGUUUUGCAUCUUAAACGGCCUCUGCCUGUCUCACUCCUCAGGCUUAUCUGCACCGAGAAGCCACCCCCCCCCCAAAAAAAAACCACCUACGAGGCUGCCAUUCCAGCUGCUUUUUAAGAACAUCUGUGUUCUUUCCUUCCAAAAAAAUGGUUCGGAAAGUACCCUUCCAGGCAAAGAAUGAUCAGUAGGCAUCUACUCACAGAAGGGGGAACUAUCGAGAUUGGCUCAAAGGUCGACCUGACAGGACAUAGCUAACAUGGGAGAUGUAUACUUGAUACUACAUCGCCUUCAUUCACAAAAGACCAAGAGCUUUUCCCACGCGCACCACUGCAGGGGCCACGCCCGGCAUCUCUUAACGAUUGUAUCGAGUGUUGUCACACGUAGUUGCGCACACACACUUGACCCUUACAUCCCUCGAAGGUGGGAAGUGAUUCCAUUGUACACGCGGCAGAGUCGGUACACCUGAGUCCGUUGACUGGCCAAGAUAAUGGAAGCGGUGUUGCAGUCAGUCUGCGCUCCCACCAGGCUGAACUGUGGACAUGGCGUCUUCCUCUCAGUAGUAGCUGCCUGUUUUUUUGUUUUGUUUUGUUUUGUUUUUCACCUACUUCCUUGGGCCGAACCUACCUCUAGAUUACUUUCACUGGUCUCUGAAACAGGUUUCGCACCCUUCACAGGGGGAUGGAAUUGUUUUGAGAGGCUGUGAAUUGAGUAUAAAGCACAAAGACCUGUUCUGGGCCAAGGUUUGUGCUGGCUGAAAGACUGGUUUCCCAUCAGCUGUGUGGCCUUGGGCAACACACUUUCUACUUGUGACCCCGACCUGUAAAAUGUGGGUUACUGACAGGAAGCUCAAAGGGGCCGAUGCUAAUGAAAUCGCCUUAAUAACUAUGUCGGGCUAGGGUCUGUUAGCAUCUCCAACAGAUUCUCCCAUGUACCUGUCAGAGCGCUGGACCAUGGACACCCAGCAGCCAUGUUCUUGAAGGUAGAAAGCAUCUGUCUUGAUGCUCUUAGUUUCGCAGAAUUUACCUCAAAGGUAAACCACAAAUUAUUUUCCAUGGUGCCUGGGCUAGAACCAGUGGCCCUGCACAUCCUAAGCGUGUGUUCCGUGGAGCUAUACUCCAGCACCAGCAGAUGGUUUUUAAGGAAAAGGCUUAGUCCAGGCCAGCCCUGAGGGAAAUGGAGGAGACAGCUCUGUCUCAAAUGUCCAGCUUCAAGGGCCAGGGAGUGUGGGACUUAAGAAUUUCCUGAGACCGGGCUAGGCAGGGGCUGGCUCUUCAGAGGGUUCUCAGACCUCCUGGGGCCACUUGCUGUGAUUUCUGGGCACUGAGACAGAGAAGCUCGUGUAUCGUUUCCUUUGGGCACAUGGUUUCAGUCCAUGUUGACUAGAGACAACCAUAUUUUUAAAUGACAAGUUUUCUAAUAUGUGUGUUAAUAAAAUACGAAUACUCUCCCUU